AUGCCUCCCAGACCUGCAAGACACACUGCUCGCUACGCAAGUAGGGAACCUGAAGAAACUGGUGGAACUCAAACUUCUCUCGUCAAACCUCAGUUACCGAAUCUCAGAGGAACCCCAAGUUCUCGGAGACAGUACACGUAUGGCGCUGCUGUUGAGCCACCCCCCAGAAUAGGAGCUGGCCUUCAACGCAUGGAUUUGCAGAGUGCUGUCGGCAAGGCUCUUGCGAAACACCCUGACGAGGACGAAGAAUUUGUUCGGCCAGCAAUACCAAAACAAACAGCUGCAAAGGCAGACCGAGGCACUACAAAGAAAGACAGCAGCAACGACCGUCACUGGACAUUUAGCCGUUGA